AUGGGAUCAUUCAACAUACCAGAGCACCAAACUGCCAUCAUCCAACAUGAAGCGGGAGAGCUCAAAAUCACUCCAGGCCUACCCAUUCCACAGCUCGAGCCCAAUCAAAUCCUCAUAAAGAACAAUGCCGUGGCUCUGAACCCCUGUGACUUCAAGAUGCCGUUCCGGUUUCCCACUCCAGGACUAUGGGACGGAUGCGAUUACGCAGGCACGGUCGUUGCCCUAGGCAGUGAAGCCGCCACAAAUGGUCGAUUCAAACUCGGAGACCAGGUUUUCGGCGCCGUGCAAGGCUCCAACCUAGCCGACCGCCAGUCCGGAGCAUACUGCGAGUAUUUAAAAUCCGAAUCGGAUUUUACAUUCAAGUUGCCCGAAGGUUUCUCACCUACUGGCAUUGCAACACUUGGAGUUGCACUGUUCUGGUCCCUCCAGAUACCCGGGAAACUGGAUGAGCCAGCUCAGAAAGCGGAAGAUGUGCUCAUCUACGGAGGUAGUAGUACUAUCGGACUAAUCGCUCUCCAGAUGGUCAAGUUAUGUGGUCAUCGGGCGAUAACAACGUGUUCCCCUGCCAACUUUGACCUUGUCAGGUCAUACGGGGCUGAUCUUGUCUUUGACUACAAGUCGCCAACCUGUGCAAAGGAUAUUCGUGCAGCAACCAAAAAUGGUCUUCGCUAUGCGCUCGAUCCGUUUUCGGAAACGAAAACUCUGGCAAUAUGCCAUGAGGCGAUUGGCAGGACUGGUGGUCGAUACUGUGCACUGGAACAGUACCAGGAAGCUCUUUGUUCUCGCAAGACUAUUAAGCAUGAGCUGGUGAUGGGAGGUUCAAUUUCUGGAAAGGGUGUCGAGCUUCCGGAGCCGUACGGUAUCCCUCCUCAACCUGAAAUUGGAGUUUGGGUUCGACCUUGGUAUCGUGCGAUCCAAGUACUGGUUGAUACUGGCAAACUGAAGCCAUGUCCUGUGGAAAUUUUGCCAGGGCAAUUUGAUGGUAUCCUCAAUGGGCUGGAUCUGCUUCGGGCUGGAAAGGUUUCGGGAAAGAAAUUGGUAGUUAAGCUGGAGAGUGACUCAGCUUGA